AAUCUGAGAAGACGGCAUGCCUGGAUUGGAUUUAUCCCACCUACCGCUGGCGCAGCAGAAGGCGAUUCAGGAGCUGAACAUCCACCCGCAACAGGAUGAACAGCUCUUAUGGAUCGCCGAGCAUGCCAUGAAUGUUGAGUUGCCUCCAGAUUGGGUUGAGUUCGAAGAUGACGACGGCAACCAGGCAUACUAUCAUGCCAAGACCAAGCGACUUACAACGGAGCAUCCGGUGAUCUUUAAGUACAAACAGUUUGUGGACAAGGUGCGAAAGUUCCAGGAGCGCAUGGGCACCAUUGGCCGGAAGGUGAAGCCUCAUCUGGCGGUGAUUAUGAACGAAGUCCUGAAUCGCAUCUACCGCGAGCUGCCUCCGGUGACGCCCGAAAUCAUUGAGCGCCUGGCGGUGUUGAUCUACAUCGAUACGACCAUCGAACACGACACCACCCGACGUCUCAAAGUGGCCAUCGAAUCCUACGCCGAGGACCAGUACGACAUCGCGCUGCAAGCACAGCAGAAGGCAGACAUGGACACCUUUCUGCACGAGGUGCGCAACGAACAGAUCCGCUUAGAGGUGCUGAACAAGCCGGAUGCAGUGAUCAUGUGCACUGAGAUCGAAGGUCAGCCUGCCAGGGUCAAGUGUGAGCAAUGCAAAGACUUCUUUUCGCUGGAGGGGUUUGCCGCAACCCAUGCCACGGGCAAGCGAAAGAACCACACCACCGUGAAGUGCGAGCAGACCACCUGUUCUGUCUAUCCGGACCAACUCGCAACGUGCGAAGUGGACAAUACCCUCUUCUGCGACAAGGCCUACGAGGAGGUAGCACAGCGACAGCCACACAUUCGGCAGAAGAGGAAGAAGGUCUUAGGUGGCCUCUCUUGCUCGGAGUAUCCAGCCACGGUGGCAGAGGUUCUCUGCGAGGAUUGUUCCGACCUCUACUGCUGGGAGGCCUUCAUCGAGCUCCAUCGAAGAGGCAACCGCUUGCGGCACGUGCCCCUUCGCUUGGACGCUGAAGGGCAGCUGUAUCGUGCUGGAGAGCUGCUACCCCCGGAGGAAUGUGCCCGGCUCAUCGAUCGCGCGCGGCUGGCGCGGGAGGGAGGGCCAUGGUUGGCCUUCCAGGACGAUCAGCUCAACACCUACUGGUACCACCUCAGCGAUAAGGUCACCACGCAGCAGAAUCCAUACCUCUGAGGGUCACCGUUCACAGAAAACCACCGGGAAGUUUAUCACCGAGCUUUGGCCAGAAC